UUAAUUAAAGGAUGUUGUUCACGUGUCCAUAAAUAUACCAUUGAUGAAUGGACUUUGUGUGAAGAGAGAUUGUUGGAUGAAUAGCGAGCUUGCUUUAAAAGCUGGGAAAAUUCUUGCUCUUCUGAAAACAAGACCCAUCUACAACAAUUGUUCAGGAACUGCAGGUACUAGUUAGUGGAAGUGACUUCUAUGCUUUCCCACGUCUUGAUCCAAAAAGUGAAAGAAUGGCUUGGAUUCAGUGGAGUCAUCCAUAUAUGCCAUGGGAUAAAUCAGAACUUUGGGUUGGCUAUAUUUCUGAAAAAGGGUUGGUGAUAUUGUUAUUCUUGACAUCUCAGCAACAACCACUAAUCAAGAUGAAUCAAAUGUUCAAAUUAUUCCUUCUGCUGAAAGCAAAGAUCUGGUGGUGUGCUUGAAGGAUGAUAAUGAGCGGAUAUCUCUUUUGUGAACCUGUUGUGACAAGUUAGCUGAACAGGAAGCAUGUUUAUGGAUCUGUGGGAGUCAUAGUAACUUAAUGAGGAAUAAUAGGCUGUUGUCAGCAAGAUAUUUGUCUAAGAGUCACACUCCAACAGCGGGAUCCAUCUUAGCACAGAAAAUGGCAUCUACUACUGCUUUAGAUUCAAUACAAGAGAGCUUGCUUGGUUCAGCCAUUGCAACACAAUCUGCACCAGCUUCAAGGAUGAAGAGUACUCUUUGUUUGGUUUCAACAUUAACUUUUCUCGGUGCUAUCAAUCUGCUUCAACCAUUGAGUAAAAAUAUUAACCAUAUGGACUCAAACCCACGACAACAAUUUGUGAUUCAUGUUGGGCGAAAGCUUUUUCAGGUUGGCGAUGAGCAGUUGCUAAAUACUGAUGUUUCUGGAAGCAGUAGCAUUGGAACCUUCCUUGGUUGGGCAAUGACAUUUGUAUAUUUCGGUGGAAGGCUGCCUCAAAUUUGUCUAAAUAGAUGUCAUCCAUCCGCAACUGGGGUUACUAUGAACCGGCCACAUCGUUUAAGAGCCACCUGGGGCUCCAGCUGAUGUCAUCCAUGCCGGAAAAGCCUUUAAUCGGAGGGCGCAAUGCUGCAGUUUUAUCUGGCACAAAUGGGGCAUUUCACCACAGAGACAUUGGUAUGUCCCACGCUACAUACCCUAUGGAAUACACGAGGGAUGCUUGGAUUAGUAGUUACAGAGACAAGUAUAUGAAUAUGAUACCUACAAAUCAUAACUAUGGUGGUAUUCCGGAGACAUCUUCGGCACAUCAAAUUCAAAUGAUUCCACCGCCGGAGUUGCCGAAGGAAGAAAGGGAAGUGGAAGAGGAACCUGUUGUUGAGAAGGUAACCGGGGGAACUCGUAAGAAAAGACAGAGCCCGAAGGUGCCGAAAUCUCCCAAGGCUAAGAAGUCCAAGAGGGGACCACGUGUGCCAAAGAAUGAGAAUGCUCCCACAGUUCAUCGUGCAAGAGUUCCAAAGAAAACUACUGAAAUUGUAAUAAAUGGAAUUGACAUGGAUAUUUCAAGUAUUCCAAUCCCUGUUUGUUCAUGCACAGGAGCAUCUCAACAGUGUUACAGAUGGGGCUCUGGAGGGUGGCAAUCUGCAUGUUGCACAACAGGCAUGUCAGUGUAUCCUUUGCCUAUGAGUACCAAGCGGCGUGGUGCAAGGAUAGCUGGAAGAAAAAUGAGUAUAGGAGCAUUUAAAAAAGUUUUGGAGAAACUUGCUGCUGAGGGUUAUAACUUUUCUAAUCCUAUUGAUUUGAGGACUUAUUGGGCAAAACAUGGCACCAACAAGUUUGUCACUAUUAGAUUUGACUCUUCAUUGCUGAUUGGCUACAGACCCCAAGACCCUCCAAUGGUUAUAUCCAAUCCAAGUAGUUCCAGCCACAGUAUACUUAUCACGCAGGGAAGAAGCUCAACAGCAGUGAGGCAAUAACCAGUAAUAAGCCUUUGAAUAACUAGUCAAAGCAGCAUGUAUGUAGUGACAAGGAAUGACUCUCUUCUUUCCCCACCUUUACAAUUUCCGUAGAAAUCAUACCUGUUUUGGAGUGAAAGAAAUGUUAAUAACGUUAUUAAUAUGAAGAUGGAAGAACACAUGUGCUGCUAUCAAAGGUCUCAAGAAAAUGGAAGAAAGAUGUUGCAAUCUGGAUGUUACAGCUUACAGAACAAUUAUGUGCAGUCUCUGGGAGGAUAGCAAGGUAUGUUAUAUAUUUUGACAGCUUCGUGGACGGACUAAAGAAGGAAAGUUACAGAACGGGGCAGUGAAGGCUCGAGAAGUAGACAGCAAGCUUUUCUCAGCCCCCUAACCUUUCUAUUAUUAUUGAAACGCUAGCGCGCCCCUUUCUUUCUCUUAGAGAAAGGGGCGUAAGCGCCCCUUUCUUUCUCUUAGAGAAAGGGGCGUAAGCACUUCACUCGCUAGGGGAUGGGAUUCAUUCACUUGCAUUCCUGCUAGCACUACAAAAAGCUCCGGUCUUAACGCCCCUAUUACUGCUGUGCAGCCUUUCCUCGGGUUCGUAGAGUCGAAAUGACUUGUAAACCCAUUCAACCAAAAUCUAUUGCUUAUCGUGGUAAUAGUCUACUCUAAUAAACUCGUCUGUUCUGAAAGGCAUCUGUGGAGGGGAGGUGUUUGGAAAUCCUAUCUCGUCUGCCUCAGUGCUUGAGGUAUGGGAAAUCAGUGUUUGGAAAUCCUGUCUCGUUUCGGCAAUUGAUUUUAAGAUGAAUUUUGACACUUUUUAUGGUGUCUUUCAUCAAAUUUUGCAAAGAUUGAACCCUAAUAAUUGAUGUGUAAGAUGGAAACAUCAGGGUCCACCCCCGAUGAACCAUGAAACCUAGUUGUGCUUUUUGCCAUAGAAAGCAUGCCCUCUAUGCAAAAUCUAUCAACUAUGGCACUAAAAGUUUGCACAUCUGCCAUGAUUCCCUUUCUGAAAACGUUACCCAAUAGAGUUGCAGCAAAAUUAACCUUAAAACUAAUUGAAAUUGAGCGAAAUUGCUCAACAAAUAUAGUAACUCGCACCCCAAGAAUUAAGGUAGAUGUGAAGUUCCCAACAAAAGGUAUUUCAUUUAAUGAUUUACAAGGGCUGCUCACCAAAUGCUGUAACUUACAAUUCAUUAAUCCAUUUCUUGGAUGGCAUGAUUAAUAAUGGACUAAAUCUUGAUGUCGUCACUUGAAUAACUCUUAUUGGGGGUACCAAGGUGGGAAACCUGUAGCUGUAAGAGAAUUUUUUACAAUACGCAAGCAUGACCAACUUCCUCAUCUCCAAAUUCAUGCCAUUAUAUUGGAUGGUCACUUAAGUGCCAUUUUUAUGCUGAGGCUGCAUCAUUGUUUAGGAAACUUGAGAAGAUGAAUUUGGAUCUUAAUAUUUGUAACUCGAGGUAUUAUGCUCAUGGAAUGCAGCUUUGGAAAGCUAAGUGCUGCAAUGGAUUUCUUUUCUUCUCUGCCUGCUAAAGGUUUGAAAACUGAUGCUGUUACCUAUAAGAUAAUGAUUACUGGUCUACGUAAAAGAGGACUAUUCAAUGCUCCUGAAGAUUUAUUGAGGAAUACAGAAAAGAGUGGUUGUCCCCUUAAUAGCACACUUGUAAUGUCUUUGUUCAGAGAUUGCUGGAAAAUCUUGAUAUUUCAAUAUCAAUAAAUAACUUCAAGUGAUGAAAGGCAAAGGAUUUUGUGCAAAUGCUACCACCAAAAAACCGUUUAUCAGCUACUUCUAGGACAAUAUAGGAAUUAGUUGCAUUUGCAGUGCUCUUGACGAAGUUUGUUUGAAUAUAACCUUGUAUAUUCAAAAUCGUGAGGCCAGCCUGUUAGUAGAGUCUGGCUCUAUACACUGGGGUUUGAUACAAGUUUUUUUUUUUUUUCUUUUUUCAUGCCAAUUACGAUUAUUGUAAUAAUUUAUAGUUCUUAAAGUUACUAUCUCUUUGGUUCCUA